AUGCCGGAACCCGGCCAUUCCGGACAAAACGGCCACUCCGAACCUCACGCCGUCCUCGCCUGCGCAAAAUUUGCAUUCAAUGGCAAGAAUAAUGAUGAGUUGACCUUCUCCAAAAAUGACAUCAUUAUGAUCACCCAGCAAAUGGAGGGCGGCUGGUGGGAGGGUACUUUAAAUGGUAUGACCGGUUGGUUUCCGUCAGACUACGUGAGUGUACUUUCGGAAAAAGAAAAAUUGGCCCGUUCCCGGUCAGUGCCUAACAACGAUGCAAUGGACGAAUGUGCCCAACAACCGCAUUUGGAAAAUUUCCAACCUUCGACUGACGCGAAAGCAGAGUUUAGGAAGCAGGUUCUCCAAGACUUUCUCAAAAAUGAGCAAGAUUAUCUGCUGAACCUGCGAAAAACAGUUGACGAAUAUAUGAAGCCAAUGAGGCAGGCCGAGAUUAUGCCAAGCGAAGAUUACGACACACUCUGUGGGAACAUUGAGCAGAUUUUGAUUUUCCAGACGGAUGUGAUGCACAAGAUUAAUUUGACACUAGAAGAUGAUGUUCCAAAGCAGCGACUUGGAGGCGUUUUGAUAGCUUCCGCUCCUGCUCUUCGUGAUAUGCUGAUGGCAUACUGUGAGAACCAUCCACGCGCCGUAGAAGUUAUCAGCGAGAAAGAUGGUGCUCUCCGAGUUUUCGUCGACACGAUUCGAGGUACCAUGAAGGAGCUGAUAACGGGAUUAUCCGAGCCAUUCCUCCACUUGGGAAAAUACCCAAUUGCGUUACAAGAAUUGGAGCGUAGUAUGCCGGACUUCCAUAUUGAUCGUGGAGACGUCCAAAGGUCAUGCGCGGUGUAUAAAGAAAUGAAGUACGAAUGCGACGGCAUGCGAAAACAAAAAGAGAUGCAACUCGAAUUCUUGGCUGCUGGUCAAAUCGAGGAGUGGGCCAGCUUCCAGGAGCGUGGAAGGAUUAAGCAUCUCGCGCUGGUGGAUGUCGAGAGACUUGGCUCGGACCCGAAUCCCAGAUUCGUUGCGCUCUUCACAAACUUGAUGUUGAUUUUGGAAGUGACUGCCGAGCAGAAUGUGUACAAGUUGUUGGAAAAGAUUAGCAUGGAGGGACAGAGGGUUCGAAAAGUUGAGGGACGUCAUGGAGUGGCUUUGGGGAAUGACAACCCUAUCAUCCUGACAUCCGCGACACAAUUCGAAGUUGAACGUUGGCUGACGGCUUUCGCGCAGCUGCCCGGUGUUGUUGUGGAAGAAGCUUCAACCUCAUUUGCCAUAAGCCCCUCUCAGCGCUACAAUGUUCAAAACAUCUCCUCCAUCUCCCCUCCACGACAACCUGAAAUAACUUCCGCACCAGCUCCUGAAUAUGCUAGAAUAGCCAAAAAACCAUCCUACGGUAUCAACGAAAUCAAACUCAACCAUGAGUUGGAAAUGGUGGUUCCGGAAGGAGAUGACGAAGAACCCAGAUAUCAAAAAGAGCCUGCACGACAGCAAAAUGGGUACAGGCCGUAUCCACCGGUUCGCGGACCGUCAUAUGCUGUCAAUUAUGGGAAAAAGCCGGUGAAGAUGAGGAAUAAGGAUGUGCACUCGCAAAGUAACGAGGAUGCUGUAUUGCUGCGGAUUGUUGAGGGAUAUUGGCAAAGCGGACGUUCCGCGCCGGCCACCUACGAUCAGGCACCGCAAUUGAUCGUUGCUGAAGACGAGAAGAUUUUGGUUGAAGAAAUGGUUGAUGGGCAGUUGGUGUUUCAGGAAAAAAGUUUGGUCGACACCGUUUACGCACUAAAAGAUCAAGUGAACAGUCUUCAGCAGAAAAUGGAGCAACUAAUGACCACCGUAGAAAAAGAACAACGAGCUCGUCGCCGAAUGGAAGAAACCUGGCGUCGUGGUAGUGAAAACUGGAAUUCAAACCUCAAUACCACCCCCAAAACCGAUACCUCCUAUCUAUCGGAAUCACAAAUGCAGGCG